AUGCGGCACAUCAAGUCUGUCCUGCCCCCCUCCCUGAACCCAUUUCAGUUUGCUUAUCGGUCCAAGCGCUCGACCGAUGACGCCAUCUCAACUGCUCUUCACUCUGCACUCACUCACCUGGAGAAUAAGGACUCAUAUCAGCAGCUCACUCACAAACUGGCUCAGCUGUUGCUAUACGUUCCUCUGUGUAACUGGCUGCUGGACUUCCUAAUGGGGAGACCACAAGUAGUGCGAGUUGGCAGCAACACAUCCAGCACCAUCACGUUGAACACGGGGGCUCCCCAGGGAUGUGUGCUAAGCCCCCUCAUCUUCACCCUGCUGACCCACGACUGCGCGCCGACACACAGCUCCAGCACUUACAUCAAGUUUGCAGACGACACUACAGUGGUGGGUCUCAUCAGCAACAGACAAACUACAGGAGUGAGGGGAAAGAGUGAGCAGCACCACACCAAGUUCCUGGGUGUACACAUCACAGAAAACCUCUCCUGGUUGGGAAACAUCGCAUCACUGGCUGGGAAAUCACAGCAGCGUCUCCACUUCCUCCGAAAACUGAAGAAAGCCGAAGCCCCUCCCCCCAUCAUGCACACUUUCUACAGAGGCGCUACAGAGAGCAUCCUCACCAGCCACAGGAAUAAAGCUGCGGGGUGGCCACCGUCCAGCCCCGGCUCCUGGGGAGGACUGCAGGGGCCGUACAGCUGGGAGAGCAUGAAUAUUGCUAGAGAUGGACGAAACUUCCUCAUCAACCAAGGAUCCCAAAGCAGCUCCUUGGAAGAGGUCCACCUGGAUGGAGUGCCCCCUGCUCCCCGUCUGGUGGAGAUGCGGAGAGACCCCGUCUUGGGUUUUGGCUUUGUGGCUGGCAGUGAGAAACCUGUGGUGGUCCGCUCUGUCACACCAGGUGGUCCAUCAGAGGGGAAGCUGCUGCCAGGUGACGAGAUCAUCAUGAUCAACGACGAACCCGUCAGCUCGGCUCCAAGGGAACGAGUCAUCGAUCUCGUCAGGAGCUGCAAAGAAUCCAUCCUGCUGACUGUCGUCCAGCCGUUUCCUUCUCCCAAAUCAGCGUUCAUCAGCGCAGCCAAAAAGGCCAUGCUGAAGUCCAACCCAGUCAAAGUGCGCUUUGCUGAAGAGGUCAUCAUAAACGGCCAGGUGCCGAAUCCAGUGAAGGACAACUCCCUUCUAUUCAUGCCGAACGUGCUGAAGGUCUACCUGGAAAAUGGACAGACCAAGUCUUUCCGCUUUGACAGCAGCACCUCCGUAAAGGAAGUGAUCCUCACCCUGCAGGAGAAGCUGUCCAUCCGGUGCAUCGAGCACUUUUCCCUGGUGUUGGAAGAGACCGCUGAGGACUCUGGAAGCAAACUGCUUCUCCUGCACGAACAGGAGAUGCUUACUCAGGUGACGCAGAGGCCCGGCUCGGACCGCAUGAAGUGUCUCUUCAGGAUCAGCUUCAUGCCCAGGGAUCCUGUGGAGCUGCUCCGCAGGGACGCCGUUGCAUUCGAAUACCUCUAUGUUCAGAGCUGCAACGACGUCGUCUUGGAGCGCUUCGGCCCCGAGCUGAAGUACGAUGCCGCGCUGCGAUUGGCUGCCCUGCAGAUGUACAUCCUCUCCAUGACGACCAGACAGAGCCAGAAGGUUUCCCUCAAAUACAUCCAAAAGGAGUGGGGUUUGACGCUGUUUGUGCCCCCGACGGUGCUGUCCAACAUGAAGGAGAAGAACGUCAAGAAGGCGCUGACGCACAUCCUCAAAACCAACCAGAACCUGGUGCCUCCUGGGAAAAAGCUCACUGCUUUACAGGCAAAGGUGCACUACUUGAGGUACCUCAGCGAGCUCAAACUGUACGGAGGACGGGAAUUCAAAUCCAUACUUUUGCAAGGUGAGAAGCAGACAGAGGUGGUGCUGUUGGUGGGCCCGCGGUACGGCAUCAGCCACAUCAUCAACACCCGGACCAACCUGGUGGCCCUGCUGGCUGACUUCAGCCACGUCAACCGCAUCGAGAUCCUCACCGAAGACGAGACCAACGUCAGACUGGAGCUGCACGUCCUGGACGUCCGGCCCAUCACUCUGAUCAUGGAGUCCAGUGAUGCCAUGAACCUGGCCUGUCUGACAGCAGGCUACUAUCGCCUCCUAGUGGACUCCAGGAGAUCUAUUUUCAACAUGGCCCCCUGCAACAGCACAGGAGAAGAUAUCGGUGAGGAGCGCUGCCUGGAGUGGCCCUACAGCACCUCUUUGGGUGACGAGGGGGCCCGGCAGGGGGAGGCCUUCAACCGGGACUACGCGGCCAACCUUCGAGGAGAGAACAGCAUCUCUCCUUACUUCCAAGAGCCCCCAACCCCCGAUGCUGACCGCCCCUCCAGAGGCCCCCUUCCCCCGCCCCUUCCCCCAGCCAGGUUCAAAACUCAGGAUUCCCCUCGCAGCGCCAAAGUCUCCUUCAUUUUCGGGGGACACCCCCCGCUGAACAGACCAAGGAACCCGGGCUACGAGAGGUUGUCGGAGAGCCCAGAGCUGUCCGAGCACGGCGCCCCCUUCCUGCAGAACAACGUGGACUUUCAGGACCGGAUGUCGUUGCAGUUCAGCGCCCUAACGCACGUCUACAGCAACAUCAUAACCGAGGAGGGGGGAGAGGAGCCGGUUCUGAGGGACCUGUUCUACCGCGACACCACCGAUGAUGCGGAGGAUGACGACGAUGCUUCCUGUGAGGAAGACUCUACGGGGGGCACACCCGUGGGGGAAAACAGUGAAAGUGGGGGCCAUGCCCACCAGGGAGGAGGGAUGGCCCCGGCAGCUGGCAAAGCCACUUUUCUCAAGCUUUCCGGUUCCACUGAUGACAUCAUCGACCUGACAUCACUGCCUCCUCCAGAGGGAGAUGAUGCUGUUGAUGAUGAUGAAGACGACACCCUGCUGCAGACCCUGAAUCUGGCCAUAGCCGCCCCCCCGCCCGGGUUUCGCGACAGUUUGGAUGAGGACACGGCGCCUGAGGGAAGGCCCCUGAGCACGUGUGACAACGACGACAUCCCCGUAUCAUUAAUCGAUGCCGUUCCAACACACGAGGAGGGGGAGGGGAGCCGGGACGGGGAGGCGAGGCUGGAGAAGGCCGUCGUGAAUACCCUUCAGGCUCUGGAGCAUCUCUCCGUGUCGGAACAGAGACCUCCACCACCUCCAACUGGGGUGAAUAAUCCAGGCGUUUACGUAUCUCAUGGCUUCAGCCCAGAGUCGUCCUCAGAUUCUGGGAAUGAGACGAACUCCUCAGAGAUGACCGAAAUCUGUGAAAUGGCUGCUUCACACAGGCUCAACGAAGGCCACAUGCGCCUGCUGGUGGCCACCAAGGAGGGAUACCAACCUUUACUUGAAGAGAAAACUGAGUUCCCUGUCUCACCUAAUUCAUGUAGCACAGUAGAGAAGAAGCCCCGCAGCCCGAGUCGACACCUCCAUCCUCCGGCAGUUCCUCCGAGGCGGAGCCCCCAGUUGGAGACGACAUUGGGGACUGAGAGGCAGCAGAUGAGGGCCCAGGGUAGUCAUACAGUCAGUCUCCAGCGACCGAGCUCCACAACACCUGGAGGCAAGCACCACAAGAAAUCGAUGGACUCUGCUGGAAAGUACAACACCUUUAGCACAAGAGAGGUCAACAGAAGCGAUGGUGCUAACUGGCGCAGCUAUCUUGAAUUACAGCAGCGCACUUCCUUCUGCGAGCGAAAUGAAAGCCAAGGACAAGAGAACUCUUUUUUAUCUGAAAAUUCUAUCGCUGAGGAUGCUGGUAUAAAUGGCGUCCCUGGUGACCGUCACAGAAUCCCCCGCCCUUCCUCCACAGUUUCCGAUUGCUUCCUGGACACGGUCAAGUUCAGGGACUGUCCUGCUGAACAAGGACCCGCAGCUGCUGAGCAAGACGAGCAUCUAGUUGUAGCAUCAUUGUUGUCCCCGACCAAACAACCCAGGUCAGGAGGGUCUGACCAGGGAUCAGACUCUCACAGUGACCAUCAGCCAAUUUCAAGGCAACAGAGUGUUGCGCGCUUGUGCGAGUACCACCUUGCCAAAAGGAUUUCCAGUUUGCAAGGAGAGGCGCACGGUUCACUGCAGGGUUCUUUGUGUUCCUCAUUGGAUGCUGGUGGCAGCACAAACAGUAGUGUCUGUGCCACGCCAACCGAUUCCCCCCUCGGCCCUGGUCCUGUUGAAUCCACGCACCAACGUUUGCAGAGGCACGCUCUUUCCAAUUCCUCUUCCUCUGUCAUAAAAAUGUUCAACUGUGACGACAAACCUGGCCAGAACACUCAGGGAAGAGACCUCCAUCCUCAUGCGGACCCUGCUCUCCUGCGAAAAAUGCUUCCAAAUAUUUAUCCACCUCUUGGUGGGCCGGAAUCAAGCAGACCCUCAUCAGCUACCCCAUCAAAACUUAAGGAGACAGGCACUGGCAAUAAGCAGUCCCAAAAAGAGACCCACUUUAAACAGCAGGCCUGUUUAAAGGGUCUAAACCCCAAGGAAGGCAGCGAGGCCUACAAACAGCUGAUUAACUAUCUAACAGUCAGCCAGAUGCAUCAGGGAGGGAAGCUUCACAGCGCCGGCAUGGGAGGGGCCGUCAAAAAGGACAGCCGGCGCUUUAUCACUAGCAACCCACAGCUUUUUGAAAUGGUUAAGAACAGAGGCAAUGUCCGCUGUCCGUGUAUGCCUUCGUCCCUAUCAUCUCCAUUCUUUAGCCCUCCUGCUGCCAGUUUGCAGGUGGCAACCAAAAACCCGCCAUCUUACCAUUCCGCCACGCUUCCUGCCAAACUGAAAAGAAGUCCUGAUGUUCACACCCACAGGCCCAAUGGCAGUGAGGACUUUAGGCAAGCCAGAACAGAAAGGAGGAGCUCCUUUUCUGGAUUGGAAGCUGACAUUGAAAGAGGGGGUAUAAAUCCAGAACAAUUUCUGUCCCUUUACAAAAGAGAAGACUAUAGCCACCUCGAUGGGGGGUUGGAUCUAAGCAGAAACCAUGACGGAGGGACCAAAACGCACCCUCCACCACGAUCAAGAAGUCAACCUGGUAGCUCGGAGGAGUGGCUUAGGUCGGACAUGAGGUCCAAACAUGCAGUUCGUCAGUCUUACCCUCAUCCCUGUGACCCUCUCAAUUACUCUGCUGCUUCCACGUUAGGAGGUCAACGUGUUGAUCUCAAUGCCCUGUCACUAGGGAGGGGAGACCACCCUUCAGCUUUUGUCAGACAACCGUCUAAUAGCUCUAGAUCUGCCAUUUCAUCCCCAAUGCCCAAUCUGCACUCUCCACCUCCUCCACCACCACCUCUUCCACCUCUAUCUUUACCCUCACAGGCCAACAGUAGCUCCAGUAACUCAGGGUGCUCCCAAAAUUCCAUCCAUUCCUCUCAGUCUCGGCAGAACCACAUUCUGGCCGUCGAAACUUUUCCUGGAGCAGACUCUUUAAAUAACAACCUACAACGAGGCAGAGAGCUGAAACGCAGCUCCAGCAAUGUGACGGCCAGCUCUGGAAGCGCAGAGCUUCUGUUUGAGAAGCCCACACGAAGUCGCAGUCAGCAGCCCCUGUCACCACCAGUGACCCAACAAGGGGAUGCCAAAGUCCAAAGGAAACAGGCAAGGAAACGGCUCUCAAAGAGCUAUUCCCAAGGUUCUGUGUCGUCCCAUACCACAUGCUGGUCCACAGGCAGUGGUGUGGACAGUAGGAGAGCGUCCGUGGCGUUUCCUUUACAAAAGGACUCAAAGCACAUGAAGGGCUCUCAAAAACUGGACAUGAGUCCUUGGAGAUGCAACGGCCCUUUUAGCUACUGCUUCUUCAAACGGAAAAGUGAGGGUGAAGAGGAUGACAACGAGUGGGACAGACCCAGAGGAAGCUGUGGUGGAACUGGGAUGGACAAUAAUGGUGCCACACCAGCCCUAUCUUUAUCCAUGGAUGCUGCCGGGGAACAACUGUAUGGAGAGGUCCUCAAUAACAUGAGCUUUAGUGACCGCCUGGCACGAAUCAACGCUCUCAAGGACCACAUGUACGGCUUCCCUUCGGGCUUUAGGGAUGUCCGCCGGGAUGCCAGUGAGCUCAUUGCACUGAUGAGGUCCAGCAUGGGUCGCUGCGAUCGCGGAGUCCAGAUGCCCAUCCAGGAUGUAUCCCAGUACAAACAGCUCCUUUCCAUUGAGUCGAAGGAGUUAGGGCGGGCUUGCCGUCGCAUGGCGCAGGCGCAUAGCAGUCCAGAUGAAAUGCUGCUAGCUGUAACGUGUAGCUUUCAGGUUCUAUGCUGUCUUUGUGAAGCUUGCAUGUGUCUGGUGCGGGGUCUCGGAGCGUCCGCCUCACAACAACAAAGAGAGGUUGUGGCAAAGGUUGACGAGGUCGUCAUGAAUUACAUCUGUUUGCUCAAAGCAGCCGAGGCUGCUACUGUGGUUGCACCUGGGGAGCACAGCGUGAAAGCUCUCGUCCGCCAUUCCAGUACCAUGUCAGCCAUUGCUAACGCUCUCACACGGUCCCUUAAAACGCUGCUAAGUAAAUAAAUGCUGUUCCUUAUGCUCUAGAGUGUGGCCUAUGCAGUCAGUAGAAGUCUGAUGUUAUGUACACACCGGGCAUGUGUGGCGAGUAAAAGAACGUGCUGAUUGUGGGUUUUUGAAUGGGCUUUUAACAUAUGAUGUUCGCACACGAGCUGCUGAAGUGGUGUAAAUCUCGUCAAUCAUUCACAGCUCUAUUCCGAUAUAUGAAAGACUUGGUUUAACUUUCAAUGUUUGUUUUUUGGCUGUGUGUUUUGAAAGUACAGCCCAAAAGACGGACUUAAACACUUGUGUAGCGUUGCAUGACUGCGGGUUUUGAACACAGAAGAACGAAACAUGCAUAUAAGUGUGUUUACACAGACUUUUCAUUGGAAGUGGUCGCUUGAACAUGCGUUUCCGAGCCCGGUGUGAAUGUAGCAUUGCUUUAAUCAUCUUGCAGAUUUUGAGUUGUGUGGAAGAUUCCUGUCUUUUUAACGCUGCAUUUGGGUUUCUUUAUGUGGCUUAAUGCAGUAAAAGUUACAACACUACAAAACUGAAGAGAUUUAAAAGAUGUUUUUUCCAGUGACAUUACACUUAUGUAUAUUUAUGAAGCCAUACUAUUAAAGACCUUUAAAAUACCUGUAUGUACCUAGCUAUAUCCUUUUACCUGUGCAUUAUUGAACUUAUUCAAAGUGUAUAAAGUGUAGAUAGAUAAUAUUUAAUUACAUUAUUUAAAGUAGCAGUUUUAAGAAGCCAUGGAGUACUUAGUGCUAUUUCUUUCACUUAUACAACCAGUUGUUCAUAAAGUACAUUUUUACUAAAUUAUCGAAUAUUAUUAUAAUUUAUUGUAAAGACUAUUAUCAGUCCAAGAAGAAGACCUGAUAAUAUUUUUUGACCAAAUGUUUUGUUGCAAGACAGUAAAGAAAUUUGUUAGAAAUGGUAAAAAAUGUAUUGUAUAAGUAAAAAAGUGAAAAUUAUAAUUUUAUUUCAGCUUUUAAAAUAAUACGCAAUACUUGUUCUAUAAAGAAUGGUUAUAUAAAAAAACAUUACUAUUAUAUCGAUACCUGUGCUAUCAUACUGCUCUGUUUUGAUAAACAAAUUUGUGUUUUUAAUUAAAAACAUGGAUGUGAGUUUAAUUUUAUUUAUUUUGUUUCACACAGUGUGUCACGAUGCAGUUCUUAUUCUGUAGUUUUAUUUUCAGUAUUACACCAACAGAUUAAAAAACAUUUUCUAAAAUUG